UAAUUUUCUAGUCGUGUUCAUUCGAUUUUAUAAAUAAAACAGGGGAAUAAACCAUACUCUUAGGUUCAUUUUAAGUAUCUAAUUAAUUUCGUCACUGAACAUAGCAAUAAGCUAUGAUAUUUUAUUAGUUGUCUUGCGUGAUCACAAUGUCAUGGUCGUGUACGGUGAUUCAGCUAUGCAAUAACUCUCGCAACUUAUAUAAUGUGAUAGAUUCCUCUUACCGCUCGAGCAGAUGACGAUGGCGAUGUUCAAGAGUCAGUCUAUUUUAGUUACUGCCAUAAAGCAGCACUGGAAGCAUUGUAGUCAAUGCGUGAGGUUGUCGACGGAGACACAAGCACAAACCGCCAGCGGAGAAGGGCCCUGGAGCGUGUACGAGGCCCGAGUCGCCAGCGGCUCACUGAGUAAAGAUGAACACCAGGAAAUCGUCGUGCGACACUUGCAGGAACUCUAUCAAGAUGUUAGCACCUACCAGCGGCCUGCGCUACAAACACAAACACCCCUAUUCAAUUUCUUCAAAAAGAAGGAACCAAACAAAAUAAUCGCGCCUCAAGGCUUGUACAUAUAUGGGAGCGUCGGUGGAGGCAAGACCAUGCUCAUGGAUUUGUUCUAUGAAACUGUGCCUAUAGAAUCCAAGCUCCGCGUGCACUUCAACUCGUUCAUGCUGAACGUGCACGCUCGCAUCCACGAGCUGAAGAUCAAGUCGGGGCGCGGCGCCAGCGCGUUCCGUGAUGGCUCCCACUACGACCCCAUCCCGCCGCUCGCGGCUGAUAUUACUCAGGAGUCCUGGCUGAUAUGCUUCGACGAGUUCCAGGUUACCGAUAUAGGUGACGCCAUGAUAUUGAAGCGUCUCUUCACACAACUAUUUGACAAUGGUUGCGUCGUCGUGGCGACUAGUAACCGUCGCCCCGACGACUUGUACAAAAACGGGCUGCAACGAAGCAACUUCCUGCCGUUUAUUCCGGUUCUUAAGGCGCAUUGCCAAGUGCUACAGCUGGAUUCUGGAAUCGACUAUAGGCUGAGAGGCUCUGGAUCGAAAUAUAGCAAAUAUUUUCUAAAUAGCGAACUGACGCCCGAAAACAACGCUGUAGAUAAUUUAUUCAAAUUCCUUAUCUCCAAGGAAACGGACACGGUCAGGCCGAGAGUGAUCAACAUUAUGGGACGGAACGUGAAGUUCGCCAAGUCUUGCGGUGGCGUGUUGGACUCUACGUUUGAAGAGCUUUGUGACAGGCCAAUAGGCGCGAGCGACUACCUGGUGCUGUCGAAGACCUUCCACACGGUGUUCGUGCGGCAUUUGCCGCAGCUCUCGCUGGCGCGGCACCGCUCGCAGCUGCGCCGGUUCAUCACGCUCAUAGACACGCUCUAUGACAAUAGAGUCAGGGUAGUGAUCGCGGCGGACGUAGAACCAUCAGAGCUGAUCGCGCGCGAAGUGUCAUCCGUGGAGGAGCUGGGCGACGCCGACCGCGCGCUCAUGGACGACCUCAAGAUCUCCAAGGACUCGGAGGAUGCUCGAGCGGCCAUCUUCACGGGUGAGGAGGAGAUGUUCGCGGUGGACCGCUGCCUCUCGCGCCUCAUGGAGAUGCAGACCGACGAGUACUGGGACAAGUGGGGCUCCCACCUCGGCUAGUGGGACUGGGGCUACGGUGGGUCGGUCCCACCUAGGGGCUUAGCCAAGAUGACAAUCGUACAUCGACAAACGCCUAACGAAAAGAAAAAAUACCUACCGGGAUGACAGAUGCUACCAAAACUCAAAUGACUAUGCCCAUAUAUUAUUUAAGUUCCGAAUGGCGUUUUCUAUCGACAAUUUUCACCUUGGCUAAUCCCCCUGGAGCAUUUCCCAGUUGUUACCACUGAUGACCAUAUCCUGGUGUUUUGGGUGCGGGAAUGAUUUCGUGUGUUUAACCCUUUACCAGGCCAAGGGAAAUAUUCCACCCACAUCUUAUAUCGGUUACCGUAGUCAGGUUUUAACUCCAAACCACCUACAAAAUAUUUUGUCAAUCCCUGAAAAUAUUAUUUUAUGAUCUUCAUUCACAACACGCUUCUAAAUUGCGUAAUAUAUCUUUGGCAGCCAUUUCAAUUCACUUGAACGCUAAUUUCAGCAAACUACGGAGAAAUUCGAACACUUUCCAUAAUUUCUAUGAAACAGAAGUACAUAGAUCGAACAAUUUUUUGAUAUUUUGUAGAUUUUGAGUGUUGAAAGCAAAUGUAAUCGUAAACAUUGCUAAAUAUUCAUGCAUUAUUGUGUAUGACCAGAAUUAGGAUGUGGGUUGACAUUAUCCCAUGGCCUUAUUAGAGUUUAACUGUGUGGGAGCUAUUUUUCCCAUGGCCCGGUAAAUUGUCUUGUCAUGUCAUAAAAACUCACGUAAGUAAUAAAACAGUUUUUGUUGAUUGAUAUAAUGGUUCGUAGGAGAUUUGGAGUUAAACCUUGACUAUUAUAACCGAUAUAAGAUGUGGGUGGAAUAUAUCCCUUGGCCUGAUCAAGAAUAUAAUAAGACAAAAUCUAGUAUGACAGUUCAUUACUUAGACAGGCGAUGGGAUAACCGUAACCCACAUUUUUAUUUCUGGUUUAGAGGAAGAUCUCCGACUUUCAUAAAUA